CAGAAACCCACCUCUCUCCCGCACCUCCGUCCCCGGCGGCGGAGACGCUGCGAUGCCCGGGCUGGGUGCCUCUGCCUGAAGGCAGGAGAGCAGCGGGGACAGACAUGUAUCUUCUGGACAGCACCGAGCCGCCGGCCGCAGCCUCCUCCUCCCCGGAGAGGAUGCAGCGGGGAACCCCCCAGAGGAAAACCGUCUACCGCAUCUCGGUCACCAUGGUGAAGAAGGAGCUGCUGGGGCCGGAGAGCUGCCAUCCCGGCCCGGGGCUGCCCCGCCGCGGGGGGAGCCGCCCGCCGGGCUCCUCCAGUCUCACCAGGGCCGGGCUGCUGCUGGUGGAGGAGGAAGAGGGCGAGGAGGAUGGCGAGGAGCAGCGGGACCGAGUCCCCAGCCCCUGCGGCUUCCGCAACUUCAGGACCCUCAGCACCGGGCAGCUGGAGCUGGGCCGCCUCAGGGUGCCGCGGGGAGCGGGGCGGUCCUUUCCCGCCCGGCUGGCUCUCGGCGGGCCGCAGGGCAGCCCUUCCCCUCAGGGCAGCGCCGGGGACGCGACGGCCACCUGUGGCGGGGCCGAGGCCGCGGCCUGCCCCGAGGAGGAGGAGGAGGCCGGGGGUCCGGGGGCCUGCGGCCCACCCUCAGGCCGCUCUGGCGAGGGCCCAGCGGCAGGGGAGCGGGAGCAGAGCCCCUGGCGGCAGCCGGGCCUGCUGCGGCGGAGCUUCAGCUUCAGGCACUGGAGUGGCGGCGGGGAGCCCCGGGCGCCGGGCCGGGUGCGGCGGCACAGCAGCUCCGGCUGCCUCCCUGGGCCGGGGGCCGGGGCCUCGCCCCCUAUCGCCGUCCCCGUGAUCCCCCCCGAGAAGAGGAACACUCUGGACGUGGGCGAGGUGCUGAGCCAGGCCGACCCCCUGUCCCAGCUGGAGCGCUGGGAACGGAGCAAGAGCAAGAACCGGACUCUGGAUAACAGCGAUCUGCAGCGGCUCUCGGAGAGGCUGGGACGAGAGGGCCCCGCCGCCGGCCCCGAGCACCGGCUCCUGCGCUUCUUCAGCGGUAUCUUCGCCCGCAAGGACGGCACCGCCGCCCUGUUCGGCAGCCCCCACGGCCGGUCCCCUCGCAGCAGCUUCUCCAGGUCCAGGGCUUAUUUUAGCAGCCUCAGGAGAGCCACCGUGGACAUGCAGUCCAGCUCCGAGAGCAUCAAUGGGUCCCCCCAUAAAGAUGCCUUUGUAAAUAGCCAGGAAUGGACACUGAGCCGGUCUGUACCCGAACUGAAAGUGGGGAUUGUGGGUAACCUAGCAAGUGGCAAGUCAGCACUUGUGCAUCGGUAUCUGACCGGCACCUACGUCCAAGAGGAGUCACCUGAAGAUAUGGAUGCAGGUGGGAGAUUCAAGAAAGAGAUAGUAGUUGAUGGACAAAGCUAUCUGCUGCUGAUAAGAGAUGAAGGGGGCCCUCCAGAGGCACAGUUUGCCAUGUGGGUGGAUGCUGUUAUAUUUGUCUUCAGCUUGGAAGAUGAAAUUAGCUUCCAGACUGUUUACCACUACUACAGCCGUAUGGCCAACUAUCGGAACACUAGUGAAAUCCCAAUGGUACUGGUGGGAACCCAGGAUGCUAUAAAUUCCAGUAAUCCACGUGUCAUAGAUGAUGCCAGAGCGAGGAAGUUAUCAAAUGAUCUCAAGAGAUGCACUUACUAUGAAACCUGUGCUACUUAUGGACUUAAUGUGGAGAGAGUCUUCCAAGAUGUUGCUCAGAAGAUCGUUGCAACAAGGAAGAAACAGCAGCUCUCAAUUGGACCCUGCAAAUCUCUGCCAAACUCUCCAAGCCACUCAUCUGUGUGUUCUGCUCAGGUUUCUGCUGUACAUAUUAGCCAGACCAGUAAUGGAGGAGGGAGUUUAAGUGAUUAUUCCUCCUCUGUUCCAUCAACUCCAAGCACCAGCCAGAAGGAGCUACGGAUUGAUGUUCCUCCCACUGCCAACACACCAACUCCUGUCCGUAAACAGUCCAAGCGCCGAUCCAACCUCUUCACGUCUCGGAAAGGGAGUGACCCAGACAAAGAGAAGAAGGUCCUGGAGAGCAGAACAGAUAGCAUUGGAAGUGGUCGUGCAAUCCCAAUUAAACAGGGUAUGCUGCUAAAGCGAAGUGGCAAGUCAUUGAAUAAGGAGUGGAAGAAGAAGUAUGUGACGUUGUGUGACAAUGGUGUGCUGACCUACCAUCCUAGUUUACAUGACUAUAUGCAGAACGUUCAUGGCAAAGAAAUUGACUUGCUGAGAACCACUGUGAAAGUCCCUGGGAAGAGACCACCCCGAGCUACAUCAGCUUGUGCACCCAUUUCCAGUCCCAAAACAAAUGGCCUCUCCAAGGACAUGAGCAGUUUACAUAUCUCACUGAAUUCAGGGAACGUGACUACUAGCCCAUCUGUGUCUCAGAUGGCCAGUGGCAUCAGUCUAGUCUCCUUCAACAGCCGCCCGGAUGGCAUGCAUCAGCGCUCCUACUCGGUCUCCAGUGCAGAUCAGUGGAGUGAGGCAACAGUCAUUGCAAACUCUGGCAUUAGCAGUGAUACUGGAUUAGGAGAUUCUGUGUGUUCAAGUCCAAGUAUAUCCAGUACAACAAGCCCCAAGCUUGAUCCACCUCCUUCACCUCAUGCCAACAGAAAGAAACACCGCAGGAAGAAAAGCACGAGCAAUUUCAAAGCUGAUGGGAUCUCAGGCACAGCUGAAGAACAAGAAGAGAACUUUGAGUUUAUCAUUGUCUCUCUCACGGGCCAGACUUGGCAUUUUGAAGCUACCACAUAUGAAGAAAGAGAUGCCUGGGUACAAGCCAUAGAGAGUCAGAUCUUGGCCAGUUUACAGUCAUGUGAAAGCAGCAAGAACAAGUCCCGCCUGACGAGUCAGAACGAGGCCAUGGCCCUUCAGUCCAUAAGGAAUAUCAGAGGAAAUUCCCACUGUGUGGACUGCGAAGCACAGAACCCUGACUGGGCCAGCUUGAAUCUGGGAGCCCUCAUAUGCAUAGAAUGCUCAGGUAUCCACCGAAACCUUGGCACCCACCUUUCCCGGGUCCGCUCCCUUGACCUGGAUGACUGGCCAAUAGAGCUCAUCAAGGUGAUGUCUUCUAUUGGGAACGAGCUGGCAAACAGUGUCUGGGAGGAGAGCAGCCAAGGCCACAUGAAACCUUCACCAGAAUCCACAAGGGAAGAAAAGGAGCGCUGGAUACGUGCAAAAUACGAGCAGAAGCUCUUCCUUGCCCCACUGCAGUGCCUGGAGCUUUCUCUGGGUCAGCAUCUCCUGAGGGCAACUGCCGAAGAGGACUUGCGGGCGGUCAUCCUGCUCCUUGCCCACGGGACUCGUGAAGAGGUGAACGAGACCUGUGGAGACGGUGAUGGGCGCACUGCUCUCCACUUGGCGUGCAGGAAAGGAAACGUAGUGUUAGUGCAGCUCUUGAUUUGGUAUGGCGUUGACGUGAUGGCACGGGAUGCUCAUGGAAACACAGCACUGGCCUACGCCCGGCAGGCCUCCAGCCAGGAGUGCAUUGAUGUUCUCCUCCAGUACGGCUGCCCCGAUGAGCGCUUCGUCCUCAUGGCCACUCCAAACUUGUCCAGGAAAAACAACAACCGGAACAACAGUGGUGGAAGGAUGCCCACCAUCAUCUGAUGAGUGCACUCGUGUAUUCGCCGACUCGAAUCACAUCCGCAGCCUCAUAUUCCUCCAUCCCUAUCACAGCUCUGCUCUGUGAGUCUGGUAACUCUCCUUUUCCUUUUUCCCUUCGGUACAUCCCUGUCCCAUCCGGAAAUGGCGUGUCUGGAGAGCACAAGGGGGAUGAGGUGGAGCAAAAGGGGCUGAAGAGAAAGCAGUUGUUUCAGUGACAGCUCUCGAAUGAUGGAAACAAACAGGCGGGAGUGCCUGGGUUAAGCAGGACACGCUGUGCCUGGCACCGAGACCAUGGGAGAGUGGUCUUCCCAGGGGGGAACAGGGGCUCCCCGAGCGUGGAGGGAAGGGGAGGAGGGAGAGGCAAGCACAAGAAGGAAGGAGCGAUGGUGAUUUUCCCUAACUGACAGUUAAGCACAUCAGUACAUUUCACCUCCAGUAAAUGCGACGCCUGGAUUUCAUUCUCUUCUCUGAAGAGCUUGACGGCAUAAAUCAGAAGCAAGCACAGAGUUUGUCUGGUUUGAAGCUCCUAUGAUGGUAUGUGUCAAAUCAGUUGUAGCUAAUCUGUCCGGGGAGAAUACUGGCUUCAUUACACUUGUAUAGUUGAGUUCUUCCAGCAUUACUGCUGUUUAAUAGAACAUGAUUAGUCAUCACGGAGAAAAAAGCAUAUUAGCUGAGGAGGUAGUUACAUGGCACGCUUCGGUGAUUGCUUGGAUGUGAUUGCAAUAUUCUUAGAAGCAUCAUAUUAUCUCAGACAUGUUCUUUCAAGCCCUUGGAGCCCUCCUUUCUAAAUUCACUGUCAUAAUUUAGUAUCUGUUUAAUUUUUCAGUCCAAAGACAGGAAAUGAGUUGCUGAGUGUUAUUUGACUGCAGUCUCCUUGAUGUAAAAACAAAAUGGAAAAAAUAAAUAAGAGUAACUAUGAAACACGGAAAGGAAUAAUGAAUACUGCUAAGGAAAAACAUUUCAAGUAUGGUUAGUGAAAUUAAUAAACUCAUUAAAGUCUAAUAUUUUUUCAGCCAGCAGAAAUAGGUUCUGUCAUUUUGCCAAGGUAAAUGUGUUGAGUUUUUGGUCAUUCCUGUGAUGCAUUGCCUAACUUAUACAGAUUUUUGUAUUGUGUCUCUAGAUUAUAUGUAUGUAAAAUCUAUUUGAAUAAAAAAAAACAUAAAUAUGCAUUGAAUUUUUUUUUUUUUGUACAGACAAUGACAUCUCUGUUAAUUUAUAAACUGUAAUGGAUGUGAACUAAAUAAUGUGCAACUAGAUAGGAUCUGUGGAUUACAGAUCAUAGUACAUUGAAAAUAUUUCCAGUGAACUCUUGUUUUCAUCGCAAGCCUUUGAGGAGCAUAUCAGAAGGAGAUUAUGGCAUGUUUGGCAUGAUAAAAAAAUGUACAAGACCUUUUAGGAAGAAAAAAGAGGCUGUUUCUCAGCGCUGUAAAUAUAUUUUACUCCAGAAGUCAGGAAGCUUUCACAAGCCAAGACGAAAAGCCCGCGUCUGGCUGUGGGCAGAUCAGAUUUGAUUAAGUUCAGAAUUGAUGGCCUUCAUAGUGUGUGCAGGCCACGGCUGCACUUGACUCCCAGCUUGGCUGCUCUUGGGAAGAAAAAUGGCUUGUGAAAGUAGCCUGGACAGUUCAUUUGAAUUCCAAGUUUUAAUACUUGAUUGGGUUGUUUUGGUAUUACCGGGCAGAUCCCAACUUCUCCCAUCUUCAGUGGAGGAGGAGUCUGGCCCAGGGAAGCAGUUGUGUCUGGGUUUUGGCAGGCAGAAAAGUGAUUUAUUUAUUUUUAAGUGGCAUAUGGCAAUGUGAAGAUGGGGGACGGGUAUAUCGUGGAGAAAGUGAAAAACUAACUGAAUUUGAUGGCAACGGAGCAAAUAGGGGGAGGCAGUGAGGUGCAUACAGCACAGUAAUUUGCAGAUCCUCACCUGCUUAUUUGUAUUUCCCAAGACUCCAGUGGUGCUUUUCCUUGGGCCUCUGGUUUUCAUUUGGCCUACAAAUGGGUGUAGUGUAGCAACUGCUAAAUAAACCAUAUGUGGGCCAAAAGUGAAGGAAAAAACAUCAUCUGGUUAUCUUAAAGAAAAAAAUAAUCAGAAAGUUUCAGGCUUUAUGUAAAAUCAUCAAAAAUGUAGAAGAAAAGUAGCUUCAAGGUGGAAGCAGGAGAAUAUUGACCAGCUUUUCCUAUUCAGUGGUCUUCUCCUUUUGUACUCUGUUACUGUAUAGACCUUUGACUAACUGGGGGAAGGGGGGGAAUCCUUCCUCCACCAACCUAGGCUGGCUGCAUCAGAGUAAGGCUACAGCUGAUUCUCUCCAUACUGGAAUAUUUUUUUUUCUUUUUUAAAUUGAGGAAGGGUGUCUGUUACGAUUUCUAUUUCUCCAUCAUUCCCACACAGCUCCCCAAGUUUUGGUAUUGACAGAUGGUCCUUCAGCAACAGGACAGCUCAUCUAACAUGCAGCUCAUGGGGAUGCUUUGGAGCACAUUGUGUUUUGGUGCUCAUGAGCUUCACACCUCUAUGGAGGGCCCCAGGAUUCAGGAAUUGCAGCUCAUGGUCCCAGAGGUGCUAUAGCUGCUUGCAUCAAGUGCAUUUGCACCUGCAAGCCAAGUCCAGUGUUUGAAAUAUAUGGUAUGCAGAUUAAGGUCUCAAUGCAUGUCCCCUUUCCAGGAUGUUUUUUUUCCUAAUUGAAAAUAUUUUUUGUAUGUAAUUUAAUGCUCUCUAUGCCACCUUUCUCUUACAAAGCUGAGAGUGAUCUUUGAGAAACAAGGACAAGCAGGCUGUCAUGUAGAUUUCACAUGGAAAAAUUAUACACUCCUUGCAUGAAAAUGUUCUGAAGAUAAAUGUCAAAAAAAUAAGGUGUUUCUAGGAGAGGAAAUUACCCUGCACUACAGGGGAAAAAGAAUAGAAUAAAAGAAAGAUAUCUAGGCUAGCCAACUAAUAACCUCAUACUUUUGUUAAGCAGUAGCACAGUUUCUCUUAACCUAAGAGGGGUUUUUUUUUUGGCCAUGUAAGCACUGGCAGUAACUGUAUUGAAGUGGUGUAGACUAUGUGAUGGGUUCCCUAAAUGUGUAGGGGUUUGUGGGAAGGAUGCUGGGUUGUGCACUCAGUGGUGAUUCCUUGGAAAGAGAGAUCUCUCAGCAGUGUCUCUCCAGGUCAGGAGAGAGUUUUCUCUGGUGAUGCUCCAGCCACAGGAAAAGAGACCCUGAGAGUCUGUGCCUCAGGGGGUAUUGGCUACAGAAUCAAUCCCCUCUUCAGGUGGGUUUGGUUGGAUGGUGAGAAGUCGUGUGGCACCUCCUGAGUUAGUGGGACAAGCAUCUGGCAAGGAAGUUAGACCAGCAUAGACUCCAUUCCUUUCUUGCUUGGGGAAGGACCUUCCUCCCAUGGGUGUCAGUGAAGAUGGAGGAAAUUCUCCAUGGCUGAAGUGUGGUGGAGCUUGGCUUUGUGAGCCAAGGUCUCCUGGCUCUGUAUGUUUUUCAGGGGAUGUGUUUGCACUUUGCAAAAGAUGUUCUUGAAGCCCUCCAGGUGUAGCAGCCGGCACUAUAUCCCGACACUUGGAGAACCUGCAGGAAUGGUUACCCUUGCUUUUACUCUCUUCACCCCUCCAUUUUCUGUUCCUCAUCUUGCAUUUAACCCCUCGUGUUGUUUUCAUGGAGCCCACGUGCCAGGCUGUUUACGCCCUUUGAUCAUGUUAUGAGCAAAUUAAAAAGAAAUUGAGAUCCAGUUAAUAAGAAAUCCCAGCAGAAACAUGUUGACUAAAGCUAUUUUCUCAAAAAAAUUGAGUCUGUGGCUGUGGUUUUCAUUAUGGUCCUCAUUUAACCCUUUUCAGCAUCCCAAAUACCUUUACAUCUCCCUUCCUCUGCACUUUUUCCAGAACGACUAAAAUACUAAAAGUAAGUCAACCAUUGCUAUUAACAGCAGCAUUUUCCAUUUAUUAAUUUUAAGCUAAUUGUUGUUGAACAGCAGAGAUGAGAACCUUGAUCUUCCUAGAGCUGAGGAGGGCUUACUUCUUGUUGUUUAUGAAUAUGUAAGAUACAACCUUGGCAAAAUUCAGGGUCCUGCCAGUGCAGAGGUUUGGCCAAGGGCUCCCAUUGCCAGAUUUCCAAUUUCACUCACAAAAGAAGAGGGCAGAAGAAAAAAUAAUUUUGGGAAAACCUUGGUGUAUUCUGGGCUCGGUGCUACUCAGAAAGCUGGGUGAGCUCCAGAGGGGUAGAAAAAAAUCUUUUAAGCAUUUGGGCACAAUGUAUAAUAACUGUGUGAAGGUUAAUAAUGUUUAAUUUCCCAUCUUUUCCCUGUUUCUUUAAAUUAUGUGUUAGUACAAAAAAAGCUUUAGCUGCACUGGGAGAUUUCCCUGACCAGAGGAAACUGAGUUACGUAGGGAGAGGAAUAAAGGUAGGAAUACAUAUAUGGGCUUAGAAAUUAUCUCUGGCACUGAAAUGUAGGAUAUUUAGAUUAUAUGGGGUUUAGAUAGCUUCAUCUUUUAUAUUUCUAUGGAGAUCGGGGAAAAUGAAGUAAUUUGUAGUUUCUAGUUUAAAGUAGUGAUAGUGGAAACAAGCACAGAUUUCACUAGGGGGUCCCUUAGGGGCCCUUCCAAAUGUCUCGGGGAGCCACGUUUGCACCUUAUCAGGGGAUGAAUGGUCACUGUGGCUGGAGAGACUCAAGUUAGAGGAGGACAGCCUUGGGGACCAAUCCGUGGGGCAGCUCAGCAGGGUAGCAGGCAGCUUGCCCAGCCACAUCAUCAUCAAGUGACUUGGUUUCCCCUCCAGUGGCUGCUACAGAGAUGCACACAUGGGAUCUCCAGCUGUUACUCUUGGAUCCUCAGAACUUCUGCAGUACUCCAGAGACAGUCAUUGUGCCUCUGUGUUAUGUACAAAAGGGAGAGGGGGUGGGUGGGUGGACAGGAAUACUUAACAGAGGUCUCACAGCAUGCAUUUGAGGUGACCACAUCACUUGCUGUCAGUGGAUGCACCGUCAGCCCUUUUGUGUACACCCCAUUUUACAGAACCAAUUGUGGGGUUUUUGUCUCUUGAGAACUGAAGUAGCUGAAAACACU